AUGGGUGACUACUCGAAAGCACUUGAAUUUUACGAAAAAGCAAAUAAAAUAAAAGAAAAAGCUCUGCCUUCGAAUCAUCCCUCAUUGGCUACUUCUUACAGCAACAUCGGUGGAGUAUAUGAUGACAUGGGUGACUACUCGAAAGCACUUGAAUUUUACGAAAAAGCACUUAAAAUUAAAGAAAAAGCUCUGCCUCCGAAUCAUCCCUCAUUGGCUACUUCCUACAACAACAUUGGUGGAGUGUAUGAGAACAUGGGUGACUACUCGAAAGCACUUGAAUUUUACGAAAAAGAUCUCGAAAUCACAAAAAAAGCUCUGCCUCCAAAUCAUCCCGAUUUGGCUACUUCUUACAACAACAUCGGUCUACACUCUAAAAAAAAUCAGUUUAUUACUGAACUUUAA